GGAGGAGGGGAGAGAAAGAGCGGACAGAGAGGAGGAAGGAAGAGGAAGAGAGGACAGAGAGGAGGGGAGAGGAAGAGCAGACAGAGAGGAGGAAGAAAGAUGAGGAGAUGAAAGGAGAGGAAUCACAAAUCCAGAACCUUCUCCAGCUUCCAGUGAGACACAAGAUCCCUCUGCAGCACAUCCCCAGGAGAGAAGCCACCAUCUGUAAUGUGGACUCCAUGCUCCUGUUCCCGUCAGCUUCCUCUGAGAACUACGUCACCUUCUCCCGGAGCUUCCCUGCUCUUCCAGAACUCUCCGUGUGCCUGUGGUUCCGCGUCGACGUCGGGUACGUAGGAACGCUCCUCUCUUACGCCACGGAAGACAACGACAACAAACUAGUCCUAUACGGACGCAACUCCUCCUCCUCUUCUUCCUCCACCCCCAACCGAGCAACCCUGGACUUCGUGGUGGGAGACCCUGCGUACCGUGAGCUCCCUGUGGACUCUGUGCUGGACGGGUGCUGGCACCACCUCUGUGUACUCUGGUCCUCUAUCCAGGGACGAUUCUGGCACUACACCGACCGGCGCCUGACCUCCGCAGGGUCACGGUUCAGGAAGGGUUACGAGGUGCCAGGAGGGGGGAUAGUGGUGCUGGGAGCAGAGCAGGACAGCCAGGGGGGAGGGUUUGAUCCCAACGAGGGGUUUGUGGGGCGCCUGGCGGGGUUCACCGUAUGGGACCGGGUGUUGAGUCCUGGGGAGGUGACGGGGGUGGCUACGGGGAGGGGGGUACCCCGGGGGGUGGUGCUCGAGUUGGGGGACGUUGACGGAGUUCAUGGGGAGGUACAGCAGGUAGCCUGCGAGUGCCUGGAACACUGUAGCUGAGACGUCUGAUUCCAAACCGACCCUAACCGCUCGUCCCUCAUCCCUCGUCCCUAUAGGCACUCCUAGAUCUACAGUGUGGUCCUUUAGGGCAGAGUGGGCUGGUUUUUACUCCUCUGUACUUGAUUGAUCAAUUAAGGUAAUUGAUUUCCCCUCACCUGGUUGUCUAUGUCUUAAUUGUGCGUCAAUUAAAAAUAAAUAAUAACAAAUAACAGCAACCAGCCUGGGGGGUUGACUUGGGAUUCAGCUGUCCAAAUGUUUUACUAUUCAUCAAUUAACUACCAGGGAGAAUGAAGACCGGCAGAACUGCCCUUCGGACUGGAUGUGGACCUGGAUUGAAAGAGGAACACUUCUCUAACCUUAAACAGUGCCACUGACACACUGUAAAAUGACCUGUAUUGAAUGAGGAACACUUCUCUAUCCUUAAACAGUGCCACUGACACACUGUAAAAUGACCUGUAUUGAAUGAGGAACACUUCUCUAUCCUUAAACAGUGCCACUGACACACUGUAAAAUGAGCA